AAUCAUACAUGGCCACGCUCUAUUCUGCCGAUAUUUUGAACAGCUGUACGAGUCGGGGGUUUUAAGCAUUUUUAUCUUUUAAUGCCGGUUCAUUGGUAAUGUUAUUGUCUGUGUAAUUGCUGUUUUAUUUGAAACGAAACGAACAAUGUUUUCAGCUGUGUUUUUGGUUUUGUCUAUAUUCGUAUCUUCAGUGCUUACAUUUUAUGAGAACAACAAUGAUAUUAUUGAAUUAAAUCCCUCCACUUUUCAAUCAACUGUUGUGGAUAGCGAUGACAUAUGGAUAGUUGAAUUCUACGCACCAUGGUGUGGUCAUUGCCAAGCAUUGGUGUCGGAAUACUCAAAAAUGGCUGCUGCAUUAAAAGGUUUAGUCAAAGUUGGAGCUGUGAAUGCUGAUCAGUAUCAACCUUUGGGACAAAAAUACGAGAUCAAAGGUUUCCCGACCAUAAAGAUCUUUGGUGUGAACAAAAAUCGACCCAGAGACUAUAUGGGAUCAAGAAAUGCACAAGGGAUGAUUGACGAAGCAUUCAGAGAACUUAAAAACAAAGUUGAAGCAAAACUAGGAGGGAAGAAAUCGAGUGAUAGUCGAGGUGGUAGCAGCGGUGGGGAGAGGAGGUCUCGAAAAGUAGGUGAUCCAAAGGAUGUCAUUGAGCUCACAGACUCCAACUUCAAAGAAACAGUUUUAGACAGCAAUGACAUGUGGCUUGUUGAAUUUUAUGCUCCUUGGUGUGGGCAUUGCCAAAAACUUGCUCCACAUUGGGCAGAUGCGGCUACAGAGUUGAAAGGAAAAGUAAAAUUGGGAGCCUUGGAUGCUACUGUGCAUACAAUAAUGAGCAGAAAGUAUGAGAUUAAAGGUUUUCCCACCAUCAAAUUCUUCCCCCAAGGUCCUAAGGAUGGGAAUGCUGAAGAAUACGAUGGAGGAAGGAAUGCUGAAGACAUUAUUAACUGGUCUUUAGAAAAAUAUGCUGAAUUUACCCCUGCUCCUGAAGUUAUUCAAGUCACUAGUGCUGCCAAUUUGAAAGAAGCUUGUGAAGACAGCCCACUCUGUGUUAUUAGUAUACUACCUCAUAUUCUCGAUUGCCAGUCUGCUUGUCGAAAUGAAUACAUACAAAUUUUGAAAAAAGUUGGAAAUAGGUAUAAGAAAAACAGAUGGGGAUGGAUAUGGGCUGAAGCAAUGGCUCAACCAGAAUUAGAAGAUUCCUUAGGCAUUGGAGGAUUUGGUUACCCUGCAAUGGCUGUAGUAAAUGCCAGAAAAAUGAAGUUUUCAAUACUUAAAGGACCAUUUAGCUACGAUGGAAUAUCAGAGUUUAUCAGAACCGUUUCUGUUGGUCGUGGAUCCAGUGCUCCAGUCAAAGGUGCCAAGCUUCCACAAAUCAUUGACACAGAACCUUGGGAUGGUAAAGAUGGUGAAUUGCCCGUAGAGGAAGAUAUUGAUUUGAGUGAUGUUGAACUCCCCGAAGAAGAACCUAGCGCAGAUUCUUCCAGCAAAAAAACAGAAUUAUGAGACACUAGUUGCAUGUAUUUUUAACAUUGAAAACUUUUUUUUCAACAAAAUGACUUGUGUACCUGCUUGGCAUUUUUUUUCAUGAUGACUCUGCAAACUGAUCUGUUGGGUGACUUCAGACCUAUUUUAUUGCAAGAUCAAGUUUGGAUUAAUUAUAUUGGGAAAAGGUUAUUGCUGUCUGGGUAUCAUCCUUAACAUAUUCUUGGGAGUUGCUACAAAUAUUUAUUAUGUUCUCAUAUAACAUCGAACAUCUUUAACGCUCUUGAUGCCUUGCAUUAAUAUAGGUUUUAGGGCAUUUCUAGCAUUUUGAUUCCAUUUCUAAUGUACAGGCAGGUAUAUAUUGCUGGCAAUAUGUCUAACAUUUUGUGUACUGUACAGAAGCAUACUAUUCAGUUUGGUACUGUUGUGUCUGAUUUGUGUUAAAAGCAAAAUUUUGAAAAUAAAAGUUUUUGUCAUA